AGCACGACGUGGAAGAUGAAGAAAGCGCAGUAACUCUACGGAGUAUACAGAAUCGGUUCUUGGCCAAAGAUCCGAUCAUUGCUGUGUCGGCGUACGACUAUCCCUCGGCUCUAGCGUGUGAGAAGGUGCGCUUAACUUUUAAUUGCUCCUAUUAA